GCUUGAACCAAUGUUUUAUGAAAAUAUGACACCAUUUCCACCCGUUAUCAAUGGAAGAAUAAAUAUAGUGCAAUUCAUAGAAGCAGCAUCAGAUUUAGUGGCAUUAGUUGACCGUAUUGGAAAAGUAUUCGCGCCCGUGAAAUAUGAUAUGCAAGGAAACAUUGAUAAAAUAAAGAAAUGUUACAAAUUUGAUGACACAUCUUGUUUACUAGAGUUGAUGCUUGAAGAAGUAAGAAAUGGAAAACAUACAGCAGCUGAAGGGAUACUUUGGUUGAAUAGGGCAUUAUAUUAUUUUGAACUAGUACUACAAGAAGUUGUAAGACAUUUGAAAUCAAAUAACUAUGAUGUCAACAUGGACAAAAUAUUUAAUAUAGCUUAUGAAGGAUCUCUCAAGAAGUACCAUAACUGGAUUACGCAACAAAUAUUUGCUGUCAUUUGUAAGAUGUCUCCUACACUUCCACAACUGAUGAAAUCAUUAGAUGUUGGUGAUGAUAUUAAACCAUUUGAAACUAAAAUAAAUAAUUUUAUAGUAACUAUUCAUUUGGUCAGAUGUAAAAUUGAUGAUUUUUUUAAGGAUAAUGACAUAUUUACUAAACCCAAAUAACAGUAAUAAUUCAUAUUAAUUAAAAUUAAACAAUGAUGUAAGUUCUAACU